CAUAACCAUAUCAACAAUUAAAUCUCUUCCCAAAACAAAACAAAAAAUCAAAUUUCACAACAGAAAAGAAAGAAAGAAAGACGAAUUAUAAUGGAGGUAGCUCAAGUUCUUCACAUGAAUGGAGGAGCUGGAGAUUUUAGCUAUGCUAACAAUUCCCUUCUUCAGUCGAAGGUGAUAUUGAUGACGAAGCCGAUUGUGGAGGAAGCGAUAAACAACUUAUAUUGCUCCAAUUUCCCAACAAAUUUCACCAUAGCCGAUUUGGGAUGUUCUUCAGGACCAAACACUUUAAUGGCAGUUUCUGAACUGAUUAAAGUAGUGGAAAAAAAUCGACAAAAACACAACAAAGAACCAAUUGAAUAUCAAGUAUUGUUAAAUGACUUACCUGGAAAUGACUUCAAUACAAUCUUCAAAUCAUUGCCUAAUUUCCUUGAAAAUUUGAAAAUGGAAAUUGGAGAUCGUGAUGUUGGGCCUUGUCUCUUUAAUGGGGUGCCUGGUUCUUUCUAUGGAAGACUAUUUUCUUCAAAAAGUGUGAAUUUUAUUCAUUCUUCAUAUAGUCUUCAUUGGUUGUCUAAAGUUCCAGAAGGGUUAGAGGAAAAUAAGAGAAAUAUUUAUAUGGUAAAUACAAGCCCAAAGAGCGUGGUGGAGGCUUACUAUAAACAAUUUCAAGAGGAUUUUGAAUUGUUUUUGAAAUGUAGGAGAGAAGAAUUAGUGAAGGGAGGAAGUAUGGUUUUAACACUUUUGGGAAGAAGAAGCCAAGAUCCAACUAGUAAAGAGUGUUGUUACAUUUGGGAGCUUUUGGCUAUGGCUCUUAAUGAUAUGGUCUCAGAGGGAAUUAUAGAAGAGGAGAAAUUAGAAAGUUUCAACAUACCCAAGUACAUGCCAUCACCAACAGAAAUGAGAAUUGAGAUCGAAAAAGAAGGAUCUUUUGUGGUUAAUCGCAUUCAAGUUUCAAAAGUGGAUUGGAAUAUUGUUUACAAUGAUAAUACUAACAAGGAUGAUAAUGGUGGGUAUUAUGUAGCCAAGUACAUGAGAGCUGUGGCUGAGCCAAUUCUUAUAAGUCAUUUUGGAGAAGCAAUCAUCGAUCAAUUGUUCUUCAGAUAUGGACAAAUCAUUGUAGAUCGAACGGCUAAGGAGAAACCUCAGUUUGUUAAUCUCACUGUUUCUCUCACUAACAUAAGGUAGUGAUUGAAAAUAUAAUCAAUUUGUUAAGAUAAGCUUAGCUCAACUUAUAUCUCUACGUUCCCAAAAAUAAAAUGUCACGAGUUCAAAUCCUCUAUCCAAAUUGUACUUGGAAACAUUUUCAAAAAUUAAUUGCUCAAAUAUUUUGUCGUUAAAUUACGUAGUCAUUAUUGUGUGUCUUAGUAUGGUAUAUAUGUAUAUGUACCUUAAGCUGACAAAAAUGUGUUAAAGUCAGAUUUUGCUUCAAUUUU